AUGAACAGGAUUCACGAAGAAACAUCAUUACACGCUAAAGGAUGGUACCGACUGGGUCAGUUACUCAUUAAGUUGGCACAGCUUGACAAAGCAGAAGAACUAUAUAGAAGUCUACUAGAACAAACUACUGAUCUAGAUGAAAAAUCAUUUUUAUUGCAGCACCUUGGAAUGAUUAACCGUUCGCAAGGAAACUAUGCAAAAGCUCUUGAUUAUCAUAGAAAGGCGCUAGAUACUCGAGAAAAAGAACUUCCAGCAAACCAUCCUGACAUAGCUACUUGGUGCAACAACAUCGGGAGUGUAUAUGAUUAUAUGAAUGACUACUCUCAAGCGCUCAUCUAUUAUGAGCAAGCACAUGAAAUCUACAGAAAAGUUUUUCCUACAGAUCAUCCGAAUUUGGCUACUUCUUAUAACAAUAUCGGUCUUAUAUAUAAAAAGAUGGAUAAGUUCUCCGACGCACUUACAUAUUAUGAAAGAUCAGUUCAAAUCAAACUGAAAACGCUUCCAAAAAAUCAUCCGGAUUUGGCUGCUUCUUAUAACAAUAUCGGUAGUGUAUAUGACAGUAAGGACGAAUACUCCAAGGCACUUGAAUAUUAUGAAAAAGCACUUGAGAUUUUUCAAGAAACUCUUCCUGCAAAACAUCCUCAACUGGCUGCUUCUUAUUACGGCAUCGCUAGUGUUUAUGACAGCAACGGCGAGUACUGCAAAGCAAUUGAAUAUUAUGAAAAAGCACUAAAGAUCUUUGGAAAAAUUCCUCCUAGGAAUCAUGCCUUUUUGGCUGCUUUUUACAAUAACAUCGGUUAUGCUUAUCACAAAUUAAGAAUUUAUUCUAGAGCACUUGAUUAUUAUGAAAAGGAUCUUGAAAUCGCGAAAAAAACACUUUCUACAACUGAUCUUGAUUUAUCCACCGCCUACUACAAUAUUGGGCAAUUUUAUACGGAUAUGGAUGAGUAUGAAAAGGCGCUGGAAUAUUAUGAACAUGCUUUAGAUAUCAAACAACGUUCAUUAUCUCUUGUCGACCCAAGUAUCGAAGCUUUGAAAGAAAGCAUUGAAUUUCUAAGAAAGAAAUUAUAG